AUGGAGAAAUAUCUCCUGACUCGCGAAGCGAUCGAGAAAGAGUCGCCAGAUUUUUUAAAAUAUUCCAUGCGCUUCUCACCAACCGCGAGGAAAGAGGACGUUUUAUUAGUCCACGACAAAGAAUACGUGGAAAGAGUGCUCACGCAGAAACUGACGCGCGAGGAAGCGAGGACGAUUGGGUUUCCUAUGAGCGAACAGUCGGACGGGUACGCCUCGAAAUUCUUAUCGGAGGACGAGACGAAGCGAGGGGAGCAACACGUGACGAGGAGCUUAGCGAGCACUGGCGGGACCAUCAAAAUGACCAGAGACGUGUUAGAACACGGUUUCAUGUGGGCGGGACAAUUAGCAGGAGGGACGCAUCACGCGUUUGCAGGGCACGGGGAGGGAUUUUGCGUGUUUAACGACAUCGCGUGCGCGGUGAGAGUAGCGCAGAGAGAUUACGAGGAGUUGUUCGAAGGCGAAGAUAGAAACGUUUUGAUCGUCGAUUUAGACGUGCAUCAAGGCAACGGGACGGCGAAGAUUUUUGAGAACGAUAAAAAUAUUAUCACUUAUUCUAUUCACGGAGAUAGGAAUUAUCCGUGGAAGACGAGGAUGUUAUCGGAUUACGACAUCGCGUUACCGGACGAUUGCGAAGACGAGGAGUAUUUGAACGCGUUGGAAACGUCGCUACCGAAAGUGUUCGAGAAGCAUAAACCUUUUUUGGUGUAUUUUCAAGCCGGAGUGGACGCUUUGAAAGCGGAUUCGUUCGGAAGAUUGAGCAUGACCCGAGAAGGGUUGAGGCGGCGCAACAAUUUAGUUCUCGCGUUGUGUGUUGAACACGACUGCAAAUUAGUAACGACCAUGGGCGGUGGGUACGCGAAACCGAUCGAGCGAUCCAUCGAAUGCCACUCGGACGUGUUUCGAAUUAUGGCUUUGAAGCAUAAAGCAAUAAUGGAGGAACGGAAAUAUUUAGAGAAGAUGGUUACUUGA